AUGAAUCUCAUAGCCAGGUCCUCUAUCAGGAAUGAAGACGACGACGAUGAAGUGGCAGACGGCGACUGGUUGGUAAGAGCAGAUGCAACUGCAACUGCAACUACAGCGAAAGAGGGAGCCAAUGACGGUGAGGACAUGGUCUAUAGUCACCUCCAAAUUCUCGAACCCACCAUGCUUCCUCUUAUUUUUGCAGCCUUCAUCAUCUGUUUCUGCUCUUUUUCUUCAUUGGCUGAGCUUCAAAGUUUCCAGCAGCCAUUGAAAUCUGAUGGUUCUCUUAGCUUCUUGGUGAUUGGAGAUUGGGGAAGAAGAGGACUUUACAACCAAUCUGAAGUUGCUUUACAGAUGGGAGUAAUUGGAGAGGAACUGGACAUAGAUUUUGUGAUAUCUACUGGAGAUAAUUUUUAUGAAGAUGGUUUGACAGGAAUUGAUGAUCCAAAUUUUUAUGAGUCUUUUACUAAUAUCUACACAGCCCCAAGCUUGCAAAAGCAAUGGUACAGUGUUUUGGGUAACCAUGAUUACAGAGGUGAUGUUGAAGCACAGUUGAAUCCAAUCCUCACACAAAAGGAUAGCAGAUGGCUUUGCAUGAGGUCAUUUAUAGUCAAUGCAGAAAUUGUUGAAAUUUUCUUUGUGGACACAUCGCCAUUUGUGAAUGACUACUUCACAAACCCAGAACACAACUAUGACUGGAAAGGUAUUUCUCCUAGGGAGACUUACCUUGCAAAUCUUUUGAAGGAUGUGGAUGCAGCACUGAGCAGCUCCACUGCAAAAUGGAAACUUGUUGUUGGUCACCAUGCCAUCUUAAGUGCAGGACAUCAUGGAAUCACAGUAGAGCUUCUUCAGCAGCUUGUUCCAAUUCUACAGGAACAUAAUGUUGAUGCUUACAUAAACGGGCAUGAUCACUGUAUCCAACAUAUCAGCAGCAGUCACAGCAACAUUCAAUUCAUAACAAGUGGAGGCGGCUCAAAGGCCUGGAGGGGUGAUAUAAGGAAGUGGGAUCCAGAGGAAUUGAAGUUAUAUUAUGAUGGCCAAGGAUUUAUGUCAGUGCAAAUGACUGACUCCAUGGCCGCUUUUGCAUUCUAUGAUGCCUUUGGCAGUGUUUUGCACCAAUGGAGCAUAUCCAAAGAGAGUCACUCAGCUGCAUAA